AUGCCUCCCAGACAGCCAAAUCCCUCGGUGGCGCGACCAUUAGAGGGCGCUCGCAUUCAUCAACCAUUGACUGUCAUUGAACCAGCGUCCAACUCCACUUCUCCCCACUUCACUUCUCUCAGGCGGACUACCCGAUCGACCACGACAUCCAGUGGUGAAUCAAGUAAAAGGAGUAUACUGGACAUCGGGAAAUACCAAUAUGUACCUUCCACACCACCGAGGAAGAGAGCAAAGGUGGAAAUCAAGGUAGAAGAUGUGGAGGAUACGAUAAUUGCAUCCACGCCAAAAUCAAAUGAUAGAUCAAUAGUCAAAGUGGAAACAGUCGAUACCAAACCGUCAAUCAGUCCGAAAACUCCCAAAUCGACGAAAAAACCCCUCCCACAAUUAUCCUUAACGAAGCCUCAUCCACCUCCACCACUUUGGGAAGAACAGUAUAGGCUGAUAGAGGAAAUGAGAAAGAAUAUAGUUGCACCGGUGGACACGAUGGGAUGUGAGAGGCCUAGGACUAUAGUGGAUAAUGAUCCGAAGACCCUCCGAUUUCACAUCCUGAUCUCCUUGAUGCUCUCCUCACAAACCAAAGAUCCCGUUACAUCAGCAGCAGUCACGACGCUACACGAGACCCUUCGCGGUGGUCUCACUGCGCGAUCCCUUGCCGAUGCUAGUACCGAGCUAAUACAGCAGUGCAUUAAUAAAGUGGGAUUUUGGAGAAGAAAGGCAGAUUAUAUCAAAGAUGCUGCUAUCCACCUACUGGAAAAGGAGGAUGGUGAUGUACCGAAGACGCUCGAAGGGUUAUGUGAGCUGAAAGGAGUAGGACCGAAGAUGGCUUUUCUGGCUUUGCAAUGUGCUUGGGAUAUUAACGCCGGGAUAGGGGUGGAUGUCCACGUUCAUCGGAUAACCAACCGACUAAAAUGGCAUAAACCACCUACAACCACUCCAGAAGGCACACGAUUAAAUCUACAAUCGUGGUUGCCCCCUCAACUGCAUAGACCUAUCAAUCCCAUGUUAGUGGGGUUCGGCCAGAUCGUCUGCCUGCCUGUCGGACCGAGGUGCGAUGUGUGCUUGUUAGGUCGACGGAAAUUGUGUCCUAGUAGGAUCACCAAUGUCAAGAGUGAGGGGAGGAAGGAAGUGGUUUUCAUCAAGAAUGAAGGGCAAGAAGCCAAAGUCGAGAUAGCUUAUGAAAGUCAAUCACCCCCUGUGGAUGCUGAAGCGGGGUUGAUAAGGAUAAAGGAUGAACCUUCACCUCCUCCUCCUUCCUUUCCAGUUGUAGGUUUAAGAGAUGGCGUGAAGAUGGAAAGAGAUCAGGAUUUAGAGACGAUUGUACAAGAACCUGGGAUGAAGAAGGUGGAUGAGGUGCUCGAGAUAUUGGAUAGAGUCGAUGGAGCGAAAGAUGUAGAUGGAGAACCCCUUGGUACGUGA